CCACGGGCGCAGCGCUCUCAGCACGCCUCGCCGGCGGGCGCUCAAACACAACAAAAGCUGCCGGGGAAACGAGCCCAACCUGUUUGCCACGGGGCUGCAGGAAUGUGGGCGGCCGGUGACCACAGGCGGCUCCCAGGGCACGCGGAGCCGCGGCAGCCGCACUCGCUCUCUCGGCACCCAGGAGCCCGCACCAUGCUCCCGCUGCUCCCGCUGCUCCCGCUGCUCCCGCUGCUCCUGCCCGCGGCACACGGCAUCGUCCGGCUGGACUCCAGGCCAGUCCUGACCCGGGAGCCGCUGGAGGGGGUGACCACCGGCUCCACCUUCGUGCUGGAGCAGCCCCGCUGCAUCUUCGGGGAGUUCAACAACUCCGUCAUCUGGCUGGUGGUGGCCCUGGACAAGGAUGCAUUCAACAGCAGCGCGGGCCCGGGCACUCCCGAGACCGCGUUCCAGAGCUUCCCUGACCCCGUCCGUGCCUACAUGACCCUGAACGCCACCCUGAGCAGCUACCCCUGCCCCAAACCCGCCGGGGACAUCACGGUGCUGCGCGUGGGCAGCGAGACGAGCUGUGCCCAGGACCCGACGCGACCCACGUGCAAUGGCCCCCUGCCCGGCCCCGGGCCCUACUGGGUGAAGUUCCUCGCCCUGGAGGGCUCCGUGCCCGUGGCUGACACAGACUGGUCGGCGCCGAUCAUGCUGAGGACAGCCAAACCAGCCAGCAGCAUCCCCGCGACCAGCGGCGGGCACAGCGCCGGCUUGAUCGCCAUCGCCACCAUCCUCUCCAUCCUGUUCGCCAUCCUCCUGGCCGGGCUGGUGGCCAUGCUCGUCUUCUGGGGCUCCGAGUCCUGCGGCGGCAGCGGCGCCUUCAGCAAGCCGGAGUCGGUGAUGGUGCAGCGGUACAACACCCACCACGUCUACGACCAGCCCGCAGCCCGGCUCUGAGCCCCCGUGCGGGGUCAGCGACCCGCAGGGCCCCGUCCCCGCGGUGACACCAGCCCGCCGGCCGGGGACGCGGCCGAGCCGCCCCCGCUCGGGGCGGUGCACAGGGACA